AUGGGGUCCGCUUUGAUAGGCGACCCCCUGCGGAUCCACAUAUCGACCCCGCCGGCCAUCACCGGCUACCUGAAUACUAGAUUGUUUACUGUUUUUGGCGUUGCCCUUUGUUUAAAAGAGCUGAAUAACUUUGUCAUGAAAACACUGCUCCUCCUCGUCGUUCUAUGCACCCCGGCUUUUGGGUUGUUAAAAGAAGUCCCAUCCGAGAAAUGGCCUUCGUGGAAGCAGAAAUUCGAAGCACGCCGAGCUGAAUUCCAGGAGGAGGUCCAGCAGGAGCUUUCAGGGCUAAAACAGCAAUUCGCCGACAAACAGGCCGAAUUCGAGGUCGAGCGCCAGAAGCUCCGCGACACCGUCGAUAGGUUGUACAACGAGGCUGAGAAGAAGUUCCAAGCCAAGGUCAGCGAAUGGGAGCAGAACCCGGGAAAGGGGAAGGCGAAGCCAGCCGGUUUUGCUAUUGAGAUUGCCGGCGACCAAUCGAUGGACGAGGUGAUCAGAACAAAAUACGAGGGCAACAAGGACUCUUUGGAAGGCCGUCUCAACUCCGAGCUCGACAAGCUGUACCCUGGCUUCCAAGAGACCGCCGAAGCCUACGCGGCCCAGCAAGCCGAGGUCCUCGCCGCGCGCAAGGAGAAGUUCGACGAGUUCAAGGCCAAGGCCGCCGAGUCGCUCAACGAGACCAAGCAGAGCUUCGAAGAAUUCGCACAACAAGCCAACGAGAAGCUGAAGGCCGACUGGGAGACGAAGAAGGCCGAGCACGCCGCGAAGAAGGAGCACGCGAAGGAGGUGAUGGGCAACGUCAAGGAGACGAUCAAGAACGGCACGCACAUGAUCCUCGACAAGAUCAAGGCCCAGAAGGAGGCCAAAGCUGCCGCGAAUCUGCAAAUGGCCCAAUGGAUCUCUGACCGGAUGAAGAACAAAACGGCCGAGUGGAAGGCGAAGCACCCGCUCGCCGCCGCGCGCAGCAUUUCGGACGUGACCAACUUCUUGAACCAAGCUUCUGGAGCUUCGGGCUGGCAGACGGCUUCCACUAUUUAUAUGAUCAUCUGCUUCUUGGUCACUAUUGGCCUGCUGGUGCUCAUCUUCAGACAGCUGAAGGCCCGGGCGCCGUAUGAGCGUCUUGAUGGCGGAAAUGUUCAUGCUCCCAACCCGCUGGCGCAGCAGGGGUACAACCCAAACUUUGGCAACAGCAACACGUUCGUCCCGACACAUCUGGGCGCGCGGAAAGAUCAGCUUUUC